AUGGCCUUACCUCGACCGACCAGCUCCGAGAAGAAUACAAUCCGUAAAAUUGACAUCGCCCAGGUGUCGCUCAGCCUUCAGGAUCGUUUAGGACUCGCCAAAGUCAAAUACCAGAACGGCCGCCUGCACGCUUCGGAUCAGAAUGGGAACCGACAUAUCUCUCUGGGGAGUGAUAAACCCUCGGAUUCGUCAUCUGAGAUCUCUCAGAGCCGCUGCGAAACACCAAUGACUUCGCCACCCCUGCGAACCUCGACCUACUCCAAGGAGCUGCCCCGGUCGUCCCGCAAUAGACAUGCAGCCACCUUCAAUUCGAAAGUGAUGCAGCCGAUGCUGUCGGCCAGUCGAAAGCGUCUCCGAUCGGAUUCGAUAACCGACCGUACUGUCAAGGCACCGCGGGUCUCCUGGAAGAGCUCGUAUCAACUCCCGGAAUCCUCUCCGGGGUCUCGUCGACAUCUUGCAAAUCGACACCACGCUUUACCACUUAUAACGGAGACGGCAGCCAUCCCUGAAGUCUCUUCCCCUGCGUAUCAUCAUCCAUCCGAUGAUGACAAUGAUCCGGAUCUCCCGGUGCACAGUUUCCAGAACGUCAGCUCCAUGGUGGGAUCGUCACCUCCUCGGACUCCACCGCCGAAGCAUGCUCGCUUGUCACGCGAUAGAAACUUACGCCACGAAGACGGCGCCGACUUGCUGCUGUAUUUGGCCAAUUCUCCCACGCCGGCCAGUGUCGCGGGCAAGACUCAAACCCGAGACUUCCCACCGUCAACCCCUCCAAGCCAACAUGCCGCCCUGCCGUCGCUCACCCCAACUCCGGGGGUGGGAGGGGUUUUCCCCAAUUUUGGCACCCCUAACCAGCAAUUCAACUUCGCUGAUUUCGUGAAUGUAACCCCAAGCCCGGCCCAGCCAGCUUGGGGCGGUCGCACGCCUGGGGGGCCUUCCAGGACACCCCUUGCUACCAAGGACCGAAGAAGGUCGAACUUGGACAACCUAUUACCUCCCGAUGCCGAUAGCCCGAAGAGUCGCGUCAAGGAUUCGGGAACUGUCUUGCAACUUGGCGGGGUGCUGCGACCGUAA